GAGUAACUUAGCGCUCAAUACAUUUCCUACAUAGAAGAGAUUCUCAGCAACGGGUGUGGCACAAGAAUGUUCAUAGUCCAAAGGCAGCAGAUAUUUCUCUGAUUCUGCAGUUUUGUAACUUCAACAAAUGUCACUGUUCCGCAUAGAUUUUGUGUCAAGGAAAUUUCAGCUAAAGACUGCACCAAGCUAAAAUAUAUGUUGUUGUGUUUUCUGGAAUUUACAAUUAAGAUACUGUUAAAGAGAUGCCCCACAGAUGUUUCAUCAGUCUACUAAUGAUCUAUACCCUUCCCACUCUCCCAGUAGUAUUAUUAAAACAAGUGCAUACUACGAGUUAUGGUGGGGUUUGUACAUCACCAUGUGUUCAAAAAUGGUCUUCAUAUUACUGGUGCGAGCAAGAAGGUGGAAGCAAUUCACGGUGGGACUACUGCUCUCCUGAAGCUGGUUAUGAUUACAAGCUCUCCAGGUGUAACUCAAAAUGUCAGUACAACAAUUCUAAGUAUAAGUGGUGUUGGACAGGGUAUUUGAGAAUGACUUGGGGCUACUGUGGAAAUAUCAUAGAGGAGUUUGAGGAACACUAUACUUGGAAAAAUGUUGCUUGUAAAGGUGAGUGUGAUUUGGUAGGAGGAUACUUCAAAUGUACUGAUACAAAUGGAAAGCAAGAUUAUUGUUCUCCAUCUACUGAUGUGACCUACAGAGGAGAGCCAUGCAGAAUAGACCACAGAUGUGGGACUUAUGGUUACACGUACUAUUGGUGUUACACGGAUAAUAGCAAUAACUGGGAUUACUGUGGCAAAAUAAUUAGCAGCUGUGAAGAUCAUGAUCCAUUAUUGCAAGGCAGAAGACUCGCAGCUCAAGAAGAAGAGGAAAUAUGCAGAAUUACAGACUCUGGAAAUAAAUGUGAGACGGUUCUUACAGCCAUUCCUGUUUCUGACAAUGUUUUGUAUCAACCUUCACGCCGAGAAUUUACGGAAGCUUCGUGUCUUAUUAACAGGGUAAAUGAAAACUUGUUUUUUCCUGAAUCUGCACAAACAAUUAUUUUUUCAGAUACUUUGCGGCUGGAUUUACAAGGAACAUUUCUGAUUGACAGAGUUAGGUAUUAUAAUGUUCAAAUUCAAAUAAACGGACCCAGGCAAGGAUCCUCAAGCAUUGCUCAGAUAUUUUUCCCAGAAGAUCUCGAUACUACUCGUUUUUCAAGAUACAUUAGAAGGGCUCUGCAAAUCAGCAUGCGCAGUGCUUACCAUAGACCUCCUGUAAAAGUUAUGAUAAAAAUGACACAGUGGUAGUAGAGUUGGUGAUGAAUACAGGAUAUCAUGCUUACCUAUGUUUCUGUAAGUUGUGUACACUACCUAAAGUCAUUUUGGUUGUUAAAUAACUAUGAGUUAUUAACUUUAGCUUUCCAUUCGGCACUACCUAACUAUCACUACACAUUUCCUCUCCCUCCUCCUCAUCUAAUUGUGUAGCCAGUGCAUGGAUAUGGGCAUCUGGUCCUCCAUUCUGGCACAGAAAUACGAUAAAAAGCUUGCCUUACUAACAGUGCCCACAAAAUGGCAGCUGCCUGCUUGCUGUGAUUCAUUCCAAGACUGAAGGAAACAAGGAUUGAAGACUGAAUGAUUUAUACUAUUUAUAUAGUGUAAGUGAAGUUAAUUUUAAAAUGAUAAAAUAAUUUGGAGUUAUUUCUUAGGGUGAAAGUCUCACAAGUACUACAACUCAGAUGCACCAGCCUUUGUACUAAAAUAAUAACUAUGAUCUGAUAUUGCCCCUAUACAGUACCAUUCUAUUUAAUAUAUAAAUUAUGUGUGAAAACUGCCCAUUUAACACCUUAAAAGUGUGAAGAGAAAAUAAUUAUACUUUCAUAUCCAGGUACAUUAUUCUCUUAAUAAACCUAGAAAAAUCAA